AUGUCGUUGUCUGAAAGUGAGUUACAAAACUAUGUUGGGCGUAAUAAAGAUGAAGUUACACAAGAAUUAGAAAAUCAAGGCUACAAGGUACACGAUGUUCGUAUCGGGACUCACGCCACUGGAUAUGUACCAGCAGCACGAGCAGGCGAUGCACCAGUAAAACGUGCAAUUAUUGUUUAUGAUGGUGAUGACAGUGAGCAGCGCGUUACAAGUAUAAGACAAACUGACUAUUAA